CGUAGACGUCCGGCUCAGUUCGCGUCCGGACACUGGAGGGGAAGGUUGCUUCGUUCUUGGAGCGUGGGCACAAAAAGUCUCUCUUUGUCCCAAGCUUUGAGAGGAAGGCGUCCGUUGAACCUUCCUUUCUGUCCUUAGCGAUCGGUCGACAGUCUGCGAUAGUCUCUGGAAGGGCCUUUUUGAAGAACAGGAGGGCUGUUGCUGCGGGGGAAGAUGUCCAACUACGUGAACGACAUGUGGCCCGGCUCGCCGCAGGGGAAGGAUUCCCCCCAGUCGUCCCGGUCGGGCGAUUCCAGCCGCCUGUCGUCGCGGUCUCGGAGCCGCUCUUCCUCCAGAAGCUCCCGCUUUUACUCCCGCGUCUCGAGUCGCUCGUCGUCCAGAACUUCCAGCCGGCCCCGGAGGAGGAGCAGGUCCCGCUCUCGUUCGAGAAGGCGCCACCAGCGCAAGUAUAGGCGCUACUCCAGGUCUUACUCGCGGAGCCGAUCGCGGUCCCACAGCCGCCGGUACAGAGAGAGGCGCUACGGGCCAUCCCGGAGCUACCACCGGUCUCCCUCGCGGUACCGCUCGCGGAGCCGGUCUCGCUCCCGCUCCCGCUCCCGGGGGAGGUCGCACUACCGAAGGACCUACUCGGUCACGCGCGGGCGGCACUGCUACGGCUUUGGGCGCACAGUGUACCCCGAGGAAGAGCAUCGAUGGAGGGAGCGACCCAGGACCAGGUCUCGGAGCAGAACCCCUUUUCGCUUAAGUGAAAAAGAUCGAAUGGAGCUGUUAGAAAUAGCAAAAGCCAAUGCAGCAAAAGCUUUAGGAACAACCAACAUUGAUUUGCCAGCUAGUCUCAGAAUCAUUUCCACAGCCAGAGAAACAAAUCGUGGAACAGCUGUGCCAAAUUCUGGUGCUAAGUUUGAGGUAAGUAUUCUUGAUUUAUCUAGGCAAAAAGCUGUUUAUUGCCUGAAAGAUCUGGUUAGCCAUUUCUUAUUUACUUUAUACUUCUUGGGAAGUCUAGAUGUGUAUAAUUUGCUAAAAUCAAAAGAGCAGACUGAUGCUGCCAGACAAGAUCACAUCCCUGAAAAUGGGAGAUUAAUGAACUUUAUUUUAGUUGGCACGGUAGUCUUUCAUAACACGGUUAAUAAUAUUGUAGCUGGUACUUCGAUUUCUAUAUGAAAUUCUAACUCUAGUCUUUACGGAGUGUUUAGCUUUCUUUGCAGCAUUAUGUUCCCACGAAUUCUGUACUCAACAUAUACAGUAUAGUUUAUCUGCUUUAUUUCUGUCUUAUAGAAAUCAUGAAUGUGGUCUCCAGACAUUGAUGAAGAAAAUCUGUUGGUAAUUGAUACAUGGGCUUUAAGCAUCAGAGGUUUUAACUAAUUCGAAGUUUACAUUCACAUACUGAAAAUGUAGUUUUUUGUUGUUAGAUACAUGUGCAUGCUAGAAUUUGGGACAGGUACUAUUUAUGUAAGGUACUGAAGACAGUUUUUAAUCUAAGCAAGGGUACACUUAUAACGGUGGGGCAUCUGUGACAUAGAUGUCCCUUUCAUAAUAUAUGCAAUAUAUUCCAGAUGUUUUGAGAGAUUACAGAAGAGGAGGCCUGCUUCACUUGGCAGAUAAGUUUAUUAUAAUUCUCCAGAAAUGUGCAGGAUGUGCAUUAGCAAAUUGCACUGUACUUUUAGUUGUAUGAAAUCUAAAGCUUAAAAUUCAUAGCUUUAAAGCAGUUAGAAAUUGAUAAAGAUCAGUAAAGAGAUCCAUUCUAUCUAAGUGAACCUAUCAUUGGGACCCAGAUGUAUGUUUGCUUAUAUUAGUAGACAAAUAAGAUCUUAGUUGAGUAGCUUGUUGAAGCUAUUUGGUACCCUACUGGCAGAUGCCUUAGUUACUUGAAACUAAGCUAUUUUCUGAUGUGACUUCACUUUCAAAAGUUAUCUGAAUUCGAAGCAGGGGAAUAAAAUAAUUAUAGGAAAAGUGUCUUAAACCUACUGUUAAAUCAGUUUUGUUAAGGGGAAACUUCAGAGUUUUGUGUUGUUUAGGCUGUUAACUAUAUGGUUAGAUUGAACUUGAUUUGUAUGUCUACUACUAAAUUUAUAUAUAUAUAUAUAUAUAGUUGCUUUUUAUGUGGUAGUUGGAAAUCAAGGAUAUGUUUUUUGAAAGUUAUACUUUUCUCUUACUUGUCUAGCUGUCAGAAAAGCUAACAGAAGAUGGAACUAGAAGUCCCAAUGAAAAAUCUCCCCAGCAAAGAAGCAUAGCUUUUAGUUCUAA